AGUCAAUGUUUCAGAUUCAGUCUUGGUGAGCAAGUGCUAGUGUGUGGAGGUGCCGAAGGUUUUGCGCCUCACCAGCCGACAUGAAGGGCCGCGUGCUGCUUUUGGUGGUCGGCGCCGUGGUGUUGAUUAGUGCCGGCGCCGCGUUCGGCGCCUCCCUGUUCUCGCUGGACGACGAACGCAAAGCGGCGCAGAAACUCGAGCUGCUCGACUGGGACCUCGAAGCCGAGGAGGACGGGUGCGACAAUGUGCAGACCACCCUUUGGUCUUUUCUGACAAAGCCAGAUGAUGACGCGAUUGCUAAAGAAAGAGUGGAGGCGAUGGUGAGGUCGGCGGCACACCAGAAGGGGGUCGCCGUCGAAACACGACCCUAUAUCGGACGCGAGUUCCGCUCUGCAGAACCCAGACGACGCGCGGACAUCAUGGGACAUCCUGGCGCGGCGCUUUUAUCAGAAGGAGAUAUCAGAAUGGGCGCCGAGUUCAUUGUCGCUGCCGAGCAGAAGCAAAAGUCUCUGUCGAAUUAUUCGAGCGCUUUCGCGUCAAUCAAGGACGAGACGCAGCUCGAGAGUUUGUGGACCGAGUGGCAGCAACAAUUGCAGCCGGACGAGGACGAUGACUAUUCAAACUUUUUGCGCCUCACCGAACAAACUGCGUCUUUGAAUAGGGAGCGGAAUCUGGAGAACUUGUGGGAAAUGCAGACCGAGUGGUCCGACGGAUAUGCCAAGGCUAAACGCCUGUGGGCAGAGAUCGAGCCGCUCUACCUCAAGUUCCACGAUUACGUACGCAGAAGACUGCAGAAAAUUUAUCCUGAUGUACCGGAAAACAUUCCAGUGCACCUGCUAGGUUCUCCAGAGGGAGUCGAUUGGACUUUCAUUGCCAAGGAAACGCUCUUGCAGGAGGAGCUGAUCAAAAGUCUGGAAUCUGCAAUAUCACAGCAGAACAAAGAGCAGCUUUAUCGACGGGCCCAGCAAAUGAGUCACGACUUCGGUCUGCCAGAUUUGGGUCGCAGUUUUUGGGAGCAGUCGGAAUUCGCCGGGCGCUGCCCUUCCGAGGUCAUUUCCGCCUGCAGUGACGAAGGCGUCAGGGUGGUCACGUGCAACUCGUCGUCACGUUGGGCGGACUAUUUGGAAGCAAACGAAAACAUCUUCCGCGGGUCGUACUUUAAUUUGGCCGCACGAUCAAACUCGUACGUCUUCCGACACGGCAACCGCUUCUCCGCUAUACCAGAAGCCGUGUCCAGUCUGGGUGGUCUGUUGGCUGCAGCUAGCUCGGUGGACUCGGAAGGUUUGGUGUCUCGAGAUCCGUCCGACCCUCUUGGCCAGGCAGUCAAUCUGAGGCUGCUGGUUGCUCUGAGGACGCUGCCCCGUCUGCCAGCUCUGCUCGCCGCCGACCUCUGCCGCAUCCGCGACGCCCCCUUUCCCUCGCGCCCUCUGCCACCCUCUUGUUGGCAGGACAGAACAAAAAUGCAAAGAGUGGCGCCACCAAGUUCCUUGAGUGGCAAGGACGUUUUUGAUCUCUUUGCUGACAGGGCAGUCACCGCAAACGCUCCUCAUCUAAGUGAAUUUGCUGGGACGAUUCUUCAGUUCCAACUUUAUGAAUAUCUGACCAAGAGUUCUGGUUUGUCCAGGAGGGACUUGUUCAAAAUCGGCAUUCAGAAAUUGCAGGCUGAUGAUAAUUUCAGGAGUUUGCUGAGGGGUGGAUUGGCACUUCCGUGGCCAAAACUGCUAGAGGAGCAUCUGAACAUCACCGAAAUCAGCACGGCGCCCCUGCUCAAGUUCUUCAAACCCCUUUUGCCGGUGUUCGAUGACAUGUCGCCCGUGGACGAAAUCCCAGACUACGACGCCAACACCGAAUACCCUCCGGAGGUGUCGUCAUCCUCACCGUCACCGCCACCACCGCCCUCCCCAACCCCCAGAAUAAGAGAGGUGAAAUCAUCGACUCUCAGUCCCAAACCGGAAGUAGUGGAAGUUAGCACCUCUGAAACGGAAACGGAUGUUCCGACCGAGUCGAACCUUGCGCAGGACGAGGUCUCCACGUCACAGCCAACGACCUACAUCGCCAUCGGGGGAAUCCUCCUUGGGGUGGUCAUUGUUGUGGCGGCCAUUUUCAUCGUCAAUCGGCGCCGGAAGAAGCGUCCGGAAAUUCGCAAGUCGAGCAACGGCGCCACCUACGAAGCCGUGAUCCGUCGCAGCGCCGGUCGUCCUGCUUCCUUCUCUCCGGUCGUCGCCAAGCGACUUUCCGAGAACGGAAAUGAACCCCCCUUACCCCUGUUUUCAACGUUUUCCAGCUCAACCGAGUCACCCGAGUCACCGACGGAAAGCAUUCCUCUCGAGGAAACCAACGGAAAGUUGAGUAAUUGAUUUUUUUUCCUCAAAGAAGGAGGAAGACUUUGUUAUGCGAAUAUUUAUUAACUGCAAGUGUGUGUUGAUCAGAAGAUGAUUUUUAUGUUAUGAUGUUCGUUGUUAAUUAAUGCUUGGCAUUAAUUGUAAGUAGCAUCCAAAUAAUUAAUUAGGCUAAUCUAAAAUUGAGGCCAAUUGUAAAUUUAUAAGUUUCUAAAUCAAUUGUAUAAUUUUUACAAUAAUUUCUCGUCAAAAAUUAUCGCGAUUCCAACGUCUCAUGUUAUUUGUUACCCAGUUUGUGUGUUUCCGAACUGCCAAAAUAUGUGAGACUUCAGUCCGCCCUAUUACGCUACACUUUGUGAUAUUAGACGUAACCUUCGUGUGCGUGAGUCCUAGGAGAGUAAGUGCGUUUUCUCAUUCUACUUGCUAAUGACGUUGCAAAGUUACCAUAUGAGAGGCAAAAGCAAGCAGAGUGGCGUCCUAGUAUUCCUAUUUUUGGAAGAAGUUCUUUUUCGCGACGAUAUAUGUUUUUAUAAUUGUCUUAUAAAGAAAACUAAGAGUUUUUUUUAAAUAAAAAUCUUCCUGAAAUUCCCUUAAAAGUUCCAUAUAAUAUUAUAUAUAUUUUGUUGUAAAUAAACAGACAAAUUUCAAAAAUUUUUUGUUUACUGUC